AUGAAUGAAGAAUCAUCGUGCCAAACUAGAUCAUCUGGACGCUUCUGGCGUAUUCUUAGGAAUUACGUGAGAAAUGUGGACAGGAAGACUAGUGACACCACCUACCUCCCAUCGGCUGACGUCUUUGGACUCUUUGAUAUCACACACAUCGAAGAUAAAUCAGAGGAACCAAGCGAAGUCUCUUGGUGGAGGCUCAAUCUCCGAAAAGCUCCCGUACCGACAUCUUUUUUGCUACCUAUCCCCAAUCCUUCUUUAUCAAGUAAGGAACAAAACAGUCUGGAAGCACUCGUUGGAUUCGAUCGAUCAGGCGUCGUCAGUCUGUGGCCUUGUGAACUCCUGUUGGCGCGUAUCCUUGUGUCUUCUGCGUCGCUACCUGUUAUUCAACAACUUAACUUACCUCAGUGUCGUCGUGCCCUGGAAAUUGCCGCUGGGCGCUUGGGUGUCGCUGGUUUUGCUCUCGCCAAUGGAAGUUCAAGGUCAUCUGGGCCGGAAUAUGUUGCCAUAACAGAUGGCAAUUUGGAGUGUGUGGCUAGUCUCAGCGUCGUCGUGAAGACAGGCGAAACUGCCUGUUUCCCCAGAUUGGAAGCGGCGCUGCUGCGUUGGCCGGACACGGUAGAUGAAGUGCCAAGCCUUCCGGCCGCUCACGAGAACUGGAAAAACUCCUUUGAUUUGGUUUUUGGGGCUGAUUGUUUUUUCUUGCAUAACACUCACGGUGGUCUCCUAUCAGCCAUUGACUUUCUCCUUUCUCGUUCGCCUGGUUCGACAUUCCUCGCAGUUGCUCCGCUCCGCAGUGGGACACUGGACCGAUUUAUCCGUUUGGUGUCGUCCAAGGAAUCUGCCGAACGCUUCAACCUCACAGUCCACGUCAUUCCGCCACACAUUGCAUUUCCAGACUUGUCGGGAGAUCCUGAAAGCCUACUUCCGCACCUUAUCUACCUUCAGCGACGUUAA